AUGUAUCUGGUUCUACUCUUCUUCGCACCCUUUAUCCUUUCGUCACCUAUUUCGCUGGACAAGAGAUACACAGCUAUCCGAAUCAAGUCCUACAGGAAUUAUGAAUGUCUUCAUCCUUUCGGUCAACGAUCUACCUGGGGAAUGGGCACGCGAGUAGGCACUACUCCAUGUGACAGAGCCGCAUUGUGGAAUGCCAGUCCGGGGAGUGGUAGUGUUAUCUUGUACAACACAGAUCUAGCUUUGGAUGCUGGUACAGGACGAGACAACAAUGAACCUGUUCAACUCGCUGCAAGCUGGCCAGGAACGUUCCAACAGACAUGGUACUGGACAGACGAUAAUCGACUUGCUAUCACCGGUGGAGAUCAAUGCCUCGAUCAGGGAAAUGAAGCAGAGGGAACGCAGACUUGGCGAUGCACGACGGGCAAUACCAAUCAAAUCUGGACACUUCUCACCCCCACACCCGAAUAUCCCGAGUUUGAUCCACCAUUUGGUACUGUGUAUGAAGAUGCCCCCGAUGGUGGCAAAAGACUACUUCCAUAUCAAAGACCUGAUUUGGCACUCACUCUUGAUGGAGGACUACAACCCGAUGCUAGAAGUGCUGUAAUUGCUUACUCUCAGCCCACAGAUGGACCGUUUGCUGCGGCUCAACUCCUGAAUCUAACAAUUGGUACCAACCUCAAGAUAUCAUCUGCUUUCGACGAGACCACAUGCCUAGAUGCAGGUUAUAGACCAGGCAAUGGUGCACUUGCAAGAUUUACAGGAUGCGGAGGGGCAGCUAGGUGGGAUUGGGAUGGAGAGAAGUUGAGAAUCACUAAUUCCAAUCUAUGUUUGGAUGUACGAGCCGAAUCAAUCCGUCUGAACGAGAUACUCAAACAGCUUCAGGUAUGGGAAUGUGCUGAGGGUAAUACCAAUCAAGAGUUCUUUACUUUGGGCUAG